AUGGACUUACAGAAAACUCUCCACGAAAUACCAAAUUACAUCAAGGUGCUUGAUGCAGUUACAAAUGAAUUGGAACAAGUGAAAAAGCAGAUUAUCUCCCUAAGGACAGGGUGCUUGGCUGGCAGGUCCGCUGGUGCUGCUGUGGGAACUGUUGGAACGGUGAUUUCCAUCAUCGGGUUUAUCGGAGCACCACUAACUGGCGGAUUGAGUUUGGCCGCCACGGCAGGUGGCAUGACAACGGGGUUAGUGGGUGGAGCCGCAGUAGGCAUUGCUGAAGGUGUACAACACCAUCAAAAGCAAGACCUUGUAAAGAGAAUCAAAGAGCUGGAGACAAGAAUUAAGGAGGCUGACCAAAGAUUGAUGUGCCUUGUCAAUGACAUCAAAAUCGAUGAGGAGGAGGAAUGUGAAGAAGUGUCAGAAGACGAGACAAAAAAUGAGGCCUCGUGGUUCUCCACGCUAAUUCCAAAGGCUAUCGAAGCUGGCCGAGCCACCAAAGCGGCGUUCGCGGCCGCAAACAAGACACGCCGGGCGCUUAAGAUGGCGACCAAGUCGCUCAUCGUCACAGAUGUCCUUUUCACGGUGUUUGAAGUUGCGUCCAUAGCCAAAGAUUGGAGUGCACAGGAUCCGACAGUAGAAGACAUCGAUAGGUUAAUUAAAACAAUCCAGUAA